UUUCAUGUAAGUAAAUGGACAAGGCUAUGGCACAUACACAUAAAGCACGGCAAUACAAAGCACGCACAUCAGCCAAUAUAUAUAUUCAUCUACGGUAACGCCCCUCCUCACUCUUAUGUAUCUCUCCGUCUCCAAAUGGCCUCUCCAUCACCUCUGCCACCACCUCCACCGGAGCCCGUCAGACAUUUUUCUCCUGCGGCGGAGGCUGUUCGAGGUGCCUCCACCUCCGCUGUGUCCCUCAGCCCCAGCCUCUUCAUCAUCUCCGCCAUCAUUGCCUUCGUCUUCGUCGCAUCCGCUUCCAUCCACCUCCUCCUCCGCUUCUUCUCCUCCCGCCGCGUAUCCUCUUCCGUCGCCGCCGCCCCGCAGCUGCCACCGCCCGUCCUCCACCGACGCCGCUCAUACUCCUCCUCCGCAACAGUCGCAGCUGCUGCGCCUCCCCCCGACUCCGGCCUAUCUGACAAAGACAAGGCGGCACUCAUCGAUUCCCUCCCGCUCUUCUCCCUCGCCUCCUCCCUCGCUGUGCUCCCCAAGUCGUCACCGGAUUGCUCAGUCUGCCUCUGCCCCUUCCGCCCCCAAGACGAGCUCCGCCUUCUUCCCGCAUGCCGCCACGCUUUCCACUCCCAGUGCGUCGACCCGUGGCUCCGGUCCAUCCCUUCCUGCCCUCUCUGCCGAGCCUCCAUCGCUCUUCCAGCCCUGCCCAUCCCGCCGCCGACAGUCUCAGUCCAUGCGGGCCCUUCCAGGUCGGGCAGCUUCCGCGUGGAGAUCGGCAGCGUCAGCCGGCGGAGAUCACCUUCGGAGGUGGGGCCAGCCGUGAACCAUCCGCCCCACCUGCGGACGUACUCCUUGGGGUCGUCGUUCGAGUACGUGGUCGACGAGGAGGUGGAGGCGGUGGUGGCUCGGAUCCGGAGACAGACGGAGAAGGAUGAGAAGCGAACAACGGUGUCAGAGGAAGUCGCUUCGGGACCGGCGCCCCCGGGGGUGGAGGUGGCGGAGGCGGCUGGGGGAGGAGGGAGGGGAUGGCUGCGUGAGUACGUGGACCGGCUCGCGUCCUCCUCCUUCUCCUCUUUCCGGUUCUCCGGCCGGUGGAGCCAUCGCUACGACAACGGUGGAGGAGGAGGAAUGGGGCGGAUCUCGUGGGAUUUGGAGGGGAGCGAGCGGCGGGAGGCGGAGGAGAGCGGUUACCACGGCUUCUACAGAUGGCUGAUAGGGGCAUAAACGUCAUUUAAGAGCCCUCCCAUCGAUCCAAGCUGCUCGACUCGGACAUCCCCAAAUGACUCAAACACCCACACCACCCCGCACAAACUACCACAACGCCCCGCUGGCAUCCACGCGUGUCGGACACGCAACGAAUCGGACGGCUCAAAAGCGAGAUCCCAUGGGGUGGGGUGGGGCGGGCGAUCAGUGAGGCGCCGACGGACUGUGGUGGGGGUUGUUUUGGCAGUUACCCCAUAGAUUUAAACGCCGCUUUAAUGUGGGGAGUUGUGGACCGAAGGGCAGCGGUUUUUGUGUUGUCGUGUUACUCCAGUGGAAUGGAGUU